AUGAAUAACUUAGCAAAUAUUUAUGCAGAACCGAAUGAUCCUGAUAAAAGAGAUAAAGGAAAAGAUUCUUUAAAAAAAGUUAAACAACAUAAUGCACAUGAUAUUGAUUCAUGGAUUCAAUUAGCAGAAAUUCUUGAAGGCGUCGAUUUACAAGAUAUGGAAACGGUUUAUUUAUGUAAAGUCGUAAAUGUUUUGAAAAUGACAUCUCAUAUCUUAUAUGCUGAACAAGCUCAUCAAGUUGAACCAGCUUAUGCUAAUUCAAUUCUUAUUACAAUGCGUUAUAAUUUAGCUCGGAUAUGCGAAGCAUCAUUUGAAUUUAAUAAAACUGAAACAUUAUAUAAAGAAAUUUUACGUGAACAUUCCAAAUAUGUUGAUUGUGUACUUCGUUUGGGUUCUAUGGUACAUGAUCGUGGUCAAAUUUAUAGUGCAUCUCAUUAA